AUGCUAUCCAAACCUUAACAGUAGCCAAUAAUAUCAAAAGCAACUGAAGAAAAUGAGUCCUCCUCUCCAUCCAUUUCAAAAUUGGAGGAAACACAUCCAGUUAAGCCAUUAACAUUGAAAUAAUCCAAAAAAAAUGAAAAAUUGACUCAAGAAAAGAAGCCUAAGAGAUAAGAGGACAAGAAUAUUGAGAAUAAGGAAACUUCUUAAAAGAAAAAAAUAUUUUUAUCGAUGCUUGAUAUUAAAGAAGCCCAAUAUAAGAAAUUCAAAGUUAUUGAGAUGGAUCAAGAAAAAAAGGCCAUUAUUUCUACUCAAAUCGAACAAUGA